AAUAUUUAAUCAAUACCAUAAAAUAAAAUAUAAUAAAAGACAUUUUUAGAAGUGUUAACCUAACCUCCUUAAAAUUCGGAGUAAAAUGUGAUUACAGACAAAACAAACAUGACACAACCGGAAAACAAGCAUGCUUUUCCAAGCAGUGUGCGUGAAGUGGCCCAAGGAGUGGAGCGUCUGGUGCGGGACACCAACCAGGAUCUACGAAACUUCCGGCAGGAGCAGGCCAAUCUGCGGCACCAUGUCAACGAUGUAGUGGAAGAAAAUCGCCGGCUAAACAGAGAGUUGGCCAAAUGCCGGAAUACCCUGGUCAGUGGGGACUACGAGGAGCUCAAGGAACGCCUUCUACUGACCAACAAUGCCCUGGAGACGGCCAAGAAACAGGUGGAUUCACUGCUCAAGGAGCGAAAGAGCUUGCAGUCCAUGCAGGACUAUUCGAAAAGGACCAUCGAGAACAUGGAACUGGAGCUCAGGAACUAUCGCGUCCAGAUGCAACAGUCCGGUGAUGAUCAGAUCAUCCAGCGGUACGCGAAGGCCGUAAAAAUGCUGGAGGCGAAGGUGGCUGCCCAGCAGGACGAGCUGCGGAUGCAGGCGGAGACCAUAAAGGCGCUCCACGAGCACAAGCAGCGGGGCGGGGAGCAACUGCAGCAGCUGCAGUCGCAGCUGAAGGUUCAGGACCAGGAUCAGGUCCGGGUGGCCACUCUGCAGAAGCAGCUGAAGGAGUACGAGCUGUCCCUCAGCCACACCCACAAUCUGCUGGUGGAGAGCACGAGGCGGGAGACCACCGCUAUGCGAAAGGUGGAGGAGGCCAUCACGCUCAGCGAAGAGGCCACCAGGGAGAAGGCGGAGGCCAUGAAUCUGGCCGAGGCCUACAAGGAGGAGGUCACCCAGCUGGCCAGCAAUAUAGGUCGCAUCAUGGAGGAGGCUUCAACGCGUGUGGACACCGAAGUGGGCCAGCUGAAAAAUAAACUCAAGCAGAAGGACGCGCUUAUUACAUCCAUGAAGGAAAAGCUUAAAAAGGACUCAGCGGAACACAAAUCGGUGGUUCACCUGCUGGAGACGCAAAACAAUCGUCUAGAGCAAAAAUGCAAGGAACUUUUGAAGCAGAACGACAAGCUGGAAGCCGAGGUGGAAGUCACCUAUAGACGACUCAGCGCGUUGGAGCAAUCGCUCAACGAUUUGCAAGAAGAAGAUGAUCGAGAUUCCAAAUUGAAAAAGCACUACGAGACUCAAAUGGAACGCUUCCUGUCGAAGCACAAGACCAUGAAGUCCAACUACCGCACGACCAUGGACGACAUCACGCAGCGCUUCGAGUCGGUUAUCUACCAGCUGAGAAAGGAGAACUCCGAGCUGCUGGCGGACAACGAGAUGCUCAAAAGCGGCGCCGCCGGAGACAGCUUGAGGCAGCCACUGCAGGCCUAGACGCUGAUUUUACAGUUGUACAAAGAUAUAUAUUUUAUGAUUACCAUUGUACAGAUUAAAUUAGUUGAACGAGAA